AAGAAAAAUAACAUCACACGCCAAAACUUCGCAUGACUUCGUAUUCAUAUCGACUACGGGAACGGAUCGUUGCGGUCCAGAUCCGCACGUAAUGACGAUGGCGAGCUGUACCGCGAGAUUGUUGCAGUGCUCGGUGAUUGCAGUGGUGGCGUUGUCGUUGGCCCGGCCCUGCCAAGGCAUGGCGUACACGGUGUUUCAGGCGGCCGUCGAGUACUAUCGGAUAUUGUCACCGGAACCGGCGGACGCGGUUAGGGACGCCACUUACGUCCGGCGGGAAUACGACUUCGUGGUGGUGGGCGCUGGUUCCGGUGGUUCGGUGGUCACCAACCGAUUGACCGAGGUGGCCGGAUGGUCGGUGCUCUUAAUCGAGGCGGGCGGCGAGGAGAACGCCAUGACCGAAAUCCCGUUGUUGGUCAGCUACCUGAUCGGUUCGGGAUUCGACUGGGGCUACCGGACCGAGCGCCAAGAAGGAAUAUGCGGUGCCAUGGAAGAUCAUCGAUGCCGGUGGCCGCGAGGUAAGACCAUGGGUGGAACAAGUGUAAUCAACUAUAUGGUGUACACCCGGGGCGUGCCGGACGACUAUGACCACUGGGCCCGGUUAGGCAACGAGGGCUGGAGCUACGCAGAUGUGCUACCUUAUUUCAAGAAGUCCGAGGACCUGAGACAGCGACCGCUGACCACGUACGGUCCCUACCACGGUCGUGGAGGGUACCUGAAAGUGGAGGAACCCUCUUGGAAGACCCCGUUAGGUCCGGUGUUUUUGAGAGCCGGUCGCGAACUCGGGUACAAGGCGCCUGCCGACCACAACGGUCCGCAGCCGCUGGGUUUCUCGUACGUGUUGGCCACAACGGACCGCGGUACUCGGUGUAGUGCGUCCAAAGCGUUCUUGCGGCCCAUCCGGAACAGGCCAAACCUGACCGUGACCAAGCGGUCGCUGGUCACUAAGAUACUCAUCGACCCGGAGACGAAACGUGCGUACGGCGUUAAGUUUGUCAAAAACAAACAAACGACGGUGGUGUACGCGCGCAAAGAGGUCAUAGUGAGCGCCGGGGCGCUCAACUCACCGCAAGUGCUAAUGCUUUCCGGCGUGGGCCCGGCAGACCAUUUGCUGGAAGUCGGCGUGCCCCUGAUCAAAGACCUCAAGGUGGGCUAUAACCUGCAGGAUCACGUAUCCAUGGCUGGUCUAGUAUUCCUGGUCAACCAGUCAGUAACCAUUGUGGAAAGCCGGUACCGGAACCCCAAGUACCUAGUCCAGUACGCUCUCAACGGUGAAGGGCCUUACACCAUACCUGGUGGCGCUGAGGCUUUAGCGUUCACGGCCACCCGUUACGCCGUGAACGGAUCCUCAGCUCCAGACAUGGAACUGGUGUUUGGCCCCGGGGCCCUGACCGGUGACACGGGCGGUUCGUUGCGCCGGUUGCUCGGCAUGAACGAAUCGUUUUACGACCAGGUGUACGGCAAGUUCAAGGAACACGACGCCUGGGGUCUGGUGCCUAUCUUGCUCAGGCCCGUCAGUCGCGGCCGUGUAAAACUUAGAUCGGCUAAUCCGUUUCACGCGCCGCUGUUCUACGCCGGCUAUCUGACGGACAGGCGGGACCGGGAAACUCUCAUCGAAGGCAUAAAACAGGUAUAUCGCGCAAUCGUAUUAAUGGUCUUGGUAUUUUUUUUACAAAAAGAAGUUUUUAAUUGUUAUAUUGUGCAUAAGCUCUGAAUUACAGCAGGUCACUAGGUUAGGUUAGGGUUCCUUCAUUGUUACGAUUCAAGUCAGAUAACUAUUAGUAGGUUAACAUUUUACAAGUUUAAAACGUCAUUCUCGUACACUGAUAGUAAAUUCAAAAAAUCGAGAAUAAUAUACUAACCGAGUUUGGGACACGUACCUAAAUACAAUCGAGGGCCCCUCCUAUAACCAUCUGGUCCCGAUGACUCCCAUUAAAUCCUGCAGGCAUGUAGGUUUAUUACAAACGAAAACGUUUAGUGAUUACAAAUUUUCAAUAUUUUAUUGAAACGCCCGUGGGAUUUACGAUUCUAUUUAAAUUACUUUUGCUCCUUGACAAAUGUCUGUAGAGUAAUAAUCGUGUAAUUUAUUUUCUCCGUUACCGUACCUAGAAAUGGGGUGCGUAUUAUAAUACGAGAUGACUGAUCCUAUAAUAUUAUGUAACAUAAUAAUAAUAUUCUAAUAUUGUUGCAUAAAAUGCAAAUUAAUUAUAAAUGCAAUCAACUCUGAAUGAAAAGCUAAAAGUAUUACAUUUUUUCGAAACAAUUUUUUUCGACAGUUGAAGAAACAAGCAAAUCUAAAAUAUUUUAUUUAUGUUAUUUUUGUCACCCAAACGACUACCUACCUUUGAUUUUCAAACGACAACCUAUAUGCAUUCAAAAUUCCAUAAAUAAAUCGAAUAUUAGUUUAAAUUAAUUUUCGUGUUGUAAUGUUCGAUUUCCGUCAACCCCCGUUGACGAGAUAUUCUGCUUUUAAGUUUCAGUAGAGGAACGUCAUUUGCGUGGCGCGUGGCGUUAGUCAAACUGACAAAUCGAAUAAACUUUUUAAACCGCAUCAGAGCGUUGCGUAUUAAACGUGAAUGUAUAUUGUAAAUGCAAGUUUAACUUAAUACUUUAACACGCACUGUAGCGAGAUAAUAGUUACGUAUGAUAAAUAUAAAUAUAAACGUUUAUGAUCUUAUUUCAUUUGAACAGCAGUGUGCGUAAUAACAAUAAUAAUGUUUAUCGGACGUAAAAUAAUUCGAUUCAAAACAGAGUGGGUAGUAGGUACCUUUAUUAUUGUACAAAUAGUGUUAUACAAUUAACUCGUUUUUGUCGACGAUUUCACUCAGAUUCGUAACUUGUUCGAUACCGGUCGUAUCGUUUGAAAAUAUGGCACGUGGUCCCGAGCGCGUCAUAUCCCGCUGCCUAAACGGUACGCGGGAUUUACACUCGGUGGAAGUGGGCGAAAUCGAACGUUAUAAACACCCUCUUUCCCCACGAAUAAAAAUAUCGAAAAAACGUAGUAAAAAAAAAAAAAAGUCAUACCGCUCGAAAUAAAUUUCGAAAUACCACAUUAUAAAAGAGGGCCCCGCCCUAUCCCUCGCUCAAUAUUACCAUCACUUCUGGAGGUAGGGAAGGAGGGCAUUCACGUUAAUAUUGUAUCAGAGAUUUUUAGAAUUGAGUUAGGGAUUAUUAGGUAUUAUUUUUUUCAGCGGCGUUACAAAGUCUUUUUUUUGAUUUAGCUCAAAUUGAUUCAAGCUCAAUUUAGCUUGAUUGAAUUUAGAAAAAAAACGAUAUUUUUUUUCUUCCCGUUCAUUCGACUUUUACUAGUCCGGUCGGUCAACUCGAAUUAGUUUAAAGGAACGAGCAGCAGUUUCAGCUGCUCCUCUCUAGUUUCAGUCUUGAUUUAAGAUUCUGAGUGAAGCUAGGAUCGGAUUUGGAUCGAUUUUUACUAUGUAUAAACAUCUUUUAUACCAAAAAUCGAUUUUCAAGUGUAGCACUUUUUCUGAAAGGGAAUUUUAUCUGAAAACUGAGAAUAACGGGAAAAUGUACGAAAUUAAUUAUUAUUAUUAUUAAUUAUUUAUUAAUUAAUUAAAAAUUUUUUUUGUUGUUGUGAUUUAGCUUAAAAUAUUUUUAGAAACUUGAAAUUUGAACAUAAAACUUAUAUUUACCAUUUAUUGACGUAAUAAUAUGUUCAAAACAUGUUAGCCAAUUUUGAGCUAUUGAUAAACAUUUUAAUUUUGUGAGUUUUUACGUAAGAUAGACGGUAGAUACUCUGUGGAUUAGAUUAUUCGAUUAAAAAGAAAUUCUAGACAAGUUAAUCAUAAGUCGUACUUUUGGGUCGAAAAAGGAAAAAAAGUGUAAUAUAGUAAUUCUUUUAGAAGAUUUUAACACCAAAUUUAAUGUUGACGAAAAUCUUAAAUAUUACGGCAUUUCAAAACAUGCAUAACCGAACUCCGCUCGGAAUCGAUUUUCGUUAACAAUGAAUAAUCGUUGCGUAUAAAUAUAAAUUAAAUUGCGCUCUACCUUCUCAAUUGAUUACCUACAACAGUAUACCGGUCUUGUUUUUGUUUUUUGUUUUUUGUUUUGGCUUUAACACUGUUUUCUUAGACCGUCUGUCACACGUGGCGCGUGUGCUGUCCAGCGAUGAACCCGUUUCACGCCGUAGAACGUCGGGCGGUAGAUAUUGCGAAACUUUGGUCUCGGGUAACCGAUCAAGACGCGGCGUCGAGUUCCGCGCCAAAAAUGAUAAUAAUUGGACCGUAAAACAUCGCAGGUGAACCCGAAGCCGUCGUUCCUACGUGGUGUACUGAUUGGGACCUUGGCGGGACCGAAAUGCCGGCGGCGGCCGACCGUGCGAGAACUCGGAGAACUCCGAAAGCCGGUUAUCGUGUCGACUCACUCGGCGGCCUUGUAACUGAUUUUAAACAUUUUCGGUUUACGCUUCUUUAGGAUAUCGUAAACGAUUAUAUUGUUAUGAUUGUGCAGCCGACGCCCGUUUGUGCGAAAUACCAUAAAGAAAAAAACCCUAUUAAAUAUAAGGAGAGUAUACUUUAUGUAUAGACGUGCCAUGGACCUUCCACCCAUAAACAUUUUUAUUUCUCAAUGAUAAUACUAAUAAUUAGUAAUUGGGUUAUACGUUGCGAUUAAGCACCUUUAGAAUACACCACAUCAGUAGCUUUAUUUGUUUAUCAGUUCGUUCAAGUUUCAGUCAUUUUGAUAUAAUCAUAAUUUUUAAUCACCCAUAUUAUAGCUUUAAAAUCUGACACCGUUCAUCGGACGGAACAAUUUGUACGUUUUCAAUGUCCAAUCGGUUCGUUGGUUUUGUGUUUAUUGCGACCAAUGAAGAAAAUCGCAUACAAACUUACAUUGCUUGAGACAUAUAUUAAAUAAUGAGCCUUGAUUGGUUAUAUUUCAAUUGAUAACAUGCAAAUAGUUUUAUAAUGAUGAUAAUGGCUUAAAAUCUUAUACUAUAAAAUACAACUGUAAUUAUGAAAAUAUCUGCACAGAGAAGACAGAAAUACAAUGUCAAAACAGAAAAGCCAAAAAAAAAAAAAUAAGUAUUUAAUAUACUUCACAGAAUUUAAAAAAAUAUUUUAUUAUUAUUUUCUCCUAGAGGAGAUCUUCCAGCUAAUAAGCGUUUACUAUUUUUUCUUACAACUAUUUGCAAUUGUUAUUGGCUGUACUUUAAUCUUAACAAAAUUUAUUUUUUUCAAAGAAAUGCAGUUCCAAGUUGUGCGCAAUUGUAUAAUUUUUUUAAACUGUGUUUUUAAACUUUAUUUCUGCUUUCUGUCCAAAUGUUUUCUUAAUCACAGUUGUAUUUUAUUUUAAAAUUUUAAUUCAUUAUCAUCAUCAUAGAACUGUUGGCAUGUUACCAAUUGAAAUACAAUCAAUCAGGGCUCUCUAUUUACUACGGGUCUCUAACAAUGUGUGAUAAACUUAUAUGCACUCGGUUCUGUGGCAUUGGCCUAAAGUUUCUUCGCACGGUUUUUUGCGCAUUUAAGCGCGUUACAUCGCGGCGGGAGCGGCGCCAGCCGUGUAGACGAUAAUCCGAUAAUAAUAUAAUAAUUUAUGCACUCUGCGGGUUAGGUUUAUAGCAGAUAUUUCGCAAAAUCGUGAGAUGAGAUCGAAAUUAAUUAUAUUGACGGGGGGAAAAAAAUACCUCUGAUAUUCGAUUGCUGGUUAAUAGCUUUUGCUCAAAGACGGUUCUAAAGUGCUAUAAUAAUAAUAUGAAUAUAUUGAAUGAGCUCAAACUCAGAAAUUAGAGUUAUUUUGUAGAUGGAUUGAAGUGAUGAUAUUUCGGUUGAAUUUUUACAGAAAUUUCAGAAUGCUGUUGCGGAAGGAGUUUUUUAAAUUUUUUAAAUCUCUAUGACGGUACGACUCUAUGAACCCUCAAAUGAAGUUAGAUAAUUGACAUUUUGUAUAUGCAUGGUGUAACUAUCAAGGGCGUGCCUUUGGGCGUUUCAGCUUUUAACCCCUCCCCGACCAAUUAUAUGCCCAAAUUCCAUAUGUUCACAGAAAAUACCAAUUUUUAAUCCUAAAGUCUAAAAUGUCGUAAAACUCCGACAACCAUAACCAGAUUAAUUAUAUAUAUAUAUAAAAAAAAAAAUAUUGCAACAUUGACAAGUCGGUUGGAGGAAAAUCCGACUCUAACGACAGUGCUCUGCUACGCAAGGGUGUUUUUUUAUUUUUAAAGAAUUCUUUUUAAAAUGUUUCAUUAUGUUUUGUAUUGCCUUCAUUUUGAAUACAUUUUUUUAUAAAGUAUUCAACUACUGAUUUAAAAAAAAAACUAAAAAUAAGAUGUUUGUUCAUUUGACCGCAUUCAUACACGUGAGUUAUUAUUUUCGGAAUCUAUUAAUUAAACAGUGAUACUCGUCGAUGAUGUAUCGAGUAUAUUAUAGGUAUAUACCCAAAGAUGUACGACUGCCGCAGUUAUCAUCGUCACGGGAUAAUAUUAAAGUCUUGAUGUUUUUCCUGCAACGUUUUUAUUAUUUAAUUUUCUUAUAUUAUCUAUAUUAUGCGCACUUUCGUCAUACUCUGCGCAUCUGAUUUUGUAUACAUUACAAACUAUACCUAUUAAUACAUAAUAUUAUUACGACACUAGAAAGAAGUUGCAUACGUAUUUUCAAUUGCUACUUUGUUCAAUUACUGUUACCGACAUAUUAAGAAAUAACUCUUAAAAGACCGCUGUUUUUUCCUUUUACUGAAAAGUAGAUUGAGCUGAUGUUUGAUGUUCUUUUUGUUUUCGGUCUAGAAUAAAAAUUUAAUUAAAAAGCUAUUUUAUGGAUACUUUUAAAACUUCGUUUCAUUUCGAUGUUUUGCAGCUUGUAAAAAAAUAAAAUAAAACUAUAGUGUGAAAAAUUGACUUGAAAACAUUUGGCUACCAAAUAAUGAUGUGUAUUCGAAUAUUCGAAUAUCAGUAAUCGACACUACAAUUAAUAAUAUUGAUAAAUAUUAAAAAAUAAAUCAAAUAAAUAGUAUAAGAUUUCUCAUGGAAAAAUGGCUUAAAAAAAGUUAUUGUAAUAUUUAAUUACUGAUAUUCAAAUAUCUGAAUAUUCGAAUUAUUUAAGGUAAAACUAUUCAAAUUCAAAUAUUCGAAUAAUUCCCAUCACUACUAGGUACCUACGUACGUAUAUUAAAUGUGAUUAAAUAAUUUCAAAUUUAUUUCGAUUGAGAAAUAAAAAAUUAAAGAUCCUGAAUUAAUCUAUAUUCUUCUAAUUAUAUUCGAAAAUUAAAAAAAAAAAAAAUUAUCUUACAGUGAAGAACUUUGAUUACCUACCUAUGUAUGGUAGUAUACGUCUGAACAGCAAACAUUAUAUACAAAUUCUUACAAAACAAUAAAUAGACUGUGCAUUUUAGUCUUUUUGUGUUUAAAAUAUCAUCCAAGUACACGAUGAUCCAAAAUAUGGUGAUUAUUUAAACAUUUACAUAUUUUUUUAAAAAUAAUUUUGUUUUUAUUAUUUAUGAUGGCAUUCUUAUUAUAUUUUUACUAUUAUAUAUACUCACAUUUUUCAUUAUGUUCGAUGUACGCGUAUAAUACAAAUGGUCCUAUACAACAAUCGUCGCAUAUACAGUUAACCUUGGUCCGCAUAUUUGAUUACGAACGAAUUGAAAAAUGACAUUAAACUAAAAGCAUACCAGCGUUUAUAUCGAUUAUAAAAAAAAAACCGAGACUUGACCUAAAAUACUUGUAACUUCAACACAAUAGCCCGAUAAAUAAUAUUAACAUACACGACAUCGCCUACUCCUAUUUAUUAUUUAUUAUAUAUCUGCUUAAUAUAGUUAAUCGUGUUGCAAAUUUGAUUUUAGAACGCUCAUUUCAGUUAAAAUUAUUCUAGGCCGUUUAAAACCAUCGCCGCUUCCAAAACGUCUCUCUAUAUUUCUUUAUAUCAGGGGCGGGCAACACAAUGUUACUAAAGGGCCAAUUUUUAGAACUUUAAAAUUUAGCGGGCCAACGAACAUAGAAAGCAAAACAAAAGUCUAUAAAGUUUAAAAUUUACACUUUUUUUAUAUUUAAUUAUUUAUACAUCAUAUGAUAUUUAUUAGUUUAUUUGAAAAUGUAUGUAAUGUAUGUAAUGGCGGACCGCCAGUUGCAGAGCAGAGCAGUAGAAAGAAUUAAACUGUAUUGAUCGAGUUAGCUUUGAUGAGUAGGUGUAGUUAUGUGUAACAUUGAAGGUCCUUGAAAUAUCGACGUUAAAUCAAAUACAGUGUCACGAUAAAUCGGGUAACGCGGUAAUGAUCGAAUAAAUACGAGUAGAAACGCGAUAAAUUGCAAUUAUGUAAGUAUUAUAUAUAGGUAAAACCUAUAUAAUUGCAAUUUAUAAUUAUAUAUAGGUAACUAUAAAUAAAUUCAAAACGACCAAAAUUUUCGUUCGGAUAAUAACGAUAAGAAUUAACUAUAUGUUGUUAUAACUGACACAGUAUUUGCAAUCGGUAAAUCGCCAUAAAAAAAAAACACAUCGGUGUUAAGAGUAAAAGCGGAGUAUGUUACGGUUACAAGGAUAAUAUAAUGCGUGUCAUACCUAUCGAUUUAAAUUUCCAUGUACUUAAAAUGUUAACAUUAUAUUACUAGAUUAAGUUAUUGGAUUAAGUCGAACGUGAUAAUUUGAAUGGAAGGACGUUUAUGGUAUAACAGUUCACAAAAGACAAAACAAAACAUUUCUUUAAAAUCUAAUCUACGGAUAAUAUAUUGUACAGAAUCACACAUGGGAACUCGGUUGAAGGCGCCUUACUACUUGCCAAUAUUAUUGUAUAGUUACUUUGAUUCAAACAUUGUCUAUCACGAUAACACGGUAUUGGUGCCGAUUAAACUAUCCCGGUCGGCAUAUAAAUAUUACAAUAAAAUGAAUUACUCGGAGACUUCACGUUGCGACUGAAUAACGUGGCCCCGACUGUUUGAAUUCGUUUUAGUUUAUAAUCUUUUGAAGAUGACGUGAAAUAGACAAUUAUUAUUAUUUGAGUUUAUUCAGCCUUUACCCGGACCGUCCCGUCUUAAAAAUAAUUUUCCAGCUAUCUCCUAUUCAUCGCUGAAACCGUUCAACUUUUGAUUCACUCCUAAAGCUUCCACAUAUUUUUUUACUAUGUCUUCCCACCUCAUUCUCGACCGUCCUCAAAAGUAUUUUUCGUAUAUCCGUUUCUGUUCCAGCACUGUCGUAAUGGUAGUGAAUUCGGUUUCUUCACGCAUGUCCAGCUAAUCAGAAUGUAUCCUUUUUGAUGGUUUUCAAUAUAUUAUUUUCUUCGAACGCUCUGUGUAUAGCUCCCUGUUUUUCCUUUGUCUCCGCAAUCCGGCUAUUUUAUCCAGAGAUUUUCCGCUAUAAUUUUCUCUCGAGUGCCAGAUAUUAAUUAUAUUUGUCUGUUUUUCCCUCCGUAGCUAAAUUCCAGAUCCGUACAGCAUUACUGGUCGUAUUGAAUGUGUAGUAUUAAGUAUUAAUAUAAAACUGUUUUUUCAUUUCUCUUGAUAGUGAUCGUAAACUUUAUAAACUAAAAAUGGUCAAUUUGAUUUAUGUUUUAUAUGUCAACAAUAUACAUACUGGAUUAUCGUUUCCCUAUAAUCUGGUACACACACGUAUACUCAGUUUUCUUUUUGUUAACCAGUAAUCCUACUUUUAAUGGUGUAUUAUUAAAUCGUAACAGCCGUGUGCAGAGGAGGGCAAAGGCCUAACUGUCCCAAUCCCGAAUAAAGAUUUUUUAUUUUUUUAUGACGGUUUUCUGUGCAGGCGGUGGCUGUGAGCCAGACUCAAGCGUUCCAGAAAUACGGGUCCAGACUUUUGCCGAUACCUUUCCCAGGCUGCGAACACGAGGUCUUUAUGUCGGACGCAUACUGGUGGUGCGCCACCGGACUGGUUUCGACCAAUCUCCAUCAUCAGUCUGGCACGUGCAAGAUGGGACCGGAUUCGGAUCCGGAAGCGGUGGUCGAUCCCCAGCUCAAGGUUCGCGGCAUCAAGGGCCUUCGGGUGGUCGAUACGUCCAUCAUGCCCGUCAUACCGGCCGGCCACACCAACUCGAUGGCGUUCAUGAUCGGCGAGAAAGCGGCCGACAUGAUCAAAGGCGAUUGGCUUAAAUAAUGUGGAAUGGCCUCCGGUUGUAGCAUAAACUUUGUAUUUGUAUUAUCGUAAUGGUCACUGGUUAAAUUAGGUAUCGCGAGUAACCGAUGUUUAUGGCCUAGCCGGAGAUUUCAUCCUCCGACAAUAGAUACCUAAACUUUCUUGCAAUUUUAUAAAUUACUUAAUUUUUAACGACCAAUAGUAAUUAUUAAAUCAGCAACGAACAAAACGUUUUCAAUGUUAGUUGAACCGAAUUCAAUAUGUAAUUCGAUUGCAAUUCGCAAAAACUCCAAGACGAAUUUAAUUAGAAUUUUAUUCAGAAAAAUAAUUUUUAUAAUCAGAAAUAAUACAAUAUAAUUAUUAUUUGGUCGUUUGAAUCGAUUAAGUAUAGGUAAUUAAAAAAAUCGAGAUGGUUUUCACGGUGAUCUCAUUAUUUGGAAAUACGAUUAUUAUUAUUAUUAUAUUGAUAAAAUAGUAAACUUUAUACUCGUUUAUAACAGUAAAGAAAUGAUGCAAAUUUAUAUCUAAGAUUAUAAUUAUAUACAUUUCGUAACUACUUAGUUUCGAUAUAAUUAUAAUAACAAUUUUAAUAUAGACACAAUCAACAAAAUACACAAUUGAAUAUAAAAAAAAAAAACGUCAUGCACUACGUAACGAAACUUAUUAUUAACGAAUAAAAAAUUUCAAUAGGAAAUACCAAAAUAACGUAUCUGAAAAAUCUCCUUUUUUCUCCUUCGCCUUCAUAAAUAUGAAGGCGUAUAACACGUUUUAGAAGACAAACACAAUAUAAGCUUAAAAAUAGAUUUAAAUAUAGAUAUUACACGAUCAAAACCGUAUAUGCAUAAAUAAUGUCCCACCAGUAAAAAAAAUUAUAAUACAUUAAACAUCCGAAAAUCAGAAUAUUAUAAUACGUCGAUUUGUAUUAGAUAAUGACAACAACCCUUAUUAUUAGAUCGCAACACACGAACGUUUUUUGUACACAUUUAUAUUUUCGUAUUAUAUGUUAUAUACCUACAUAUUUGUUAUUUAUUAGUUUUCAUUUGAUGUCCCGACCGCAACAAGGAAUACAUUAGCUUUAGGUUAAUAAUUACUCUUUGAAUUUGCACAAUUUCUUUACUGAUUAUAUAUAAUAAUUAUUUUUCGAUCGCUUUUAGUUCGACGUUUUUUGAAUAAACACCAAACGGAUUUAUAUAUUCGUUGGACAUGUAAAAUAUUCACGUUAUCAUUGCGAUAAUGAUGACCGAACUACAAUAUUGUUUCAAAGAUAAUAUAGUCGUUAAUAUUAAUUAUUAUUUAUUUAAAACUCAACGAGUAUAUACUAUGUUAUUCGGGUGAUAAUAUUAUUAUUUUUAAGGCCAGUUCUGGUGAGUGGGGAUUAUGUCUACGAGACCGGCAUUUGUAGUUACAGUGUAAAACCACUGAAGUUAAAUAUUAUAUUCGUCUUCUUCGUUAGCUUGAUGUAUGUUAUUUUUAGGUUCUUCACCGCAGCCACCAAUCAUCUCUAUCUAUCCUCAUCAGUUGCUAGUUUUUCAGCAUUAUUUACUCCCGUCAACAAGUUUCGGUCCUUUUUUGCUCUGCUGUCCAUCCAUUUCUGUUUUGGCCGUUCUAUAUAGUGAUCUCUUACGCUUUAAGCUCCAUUUCACUAUUUCUCGUAUAAGGCGUAUCUGUAUUCUUUUAUUAUGGUGUUAAACCGGAAAAUGCAUACUAAAUUAAAUACGAGACGAAUAAACUAAUGUGUAUUAUUCCUAGUGGGAUUUAAGUUAACUAAUAAUACUAUGGGAAAAAUGUA